AUGAGGGUUGACGAAGCGCGCGGCACGAGACACGAUGAGCGCGCAUUGUUAGGCUGUUGUUAUAUUAUCUCCGUUUAUAAGAGCUUAUUAAUGUUAUCAGUCAUUUGGUAAGAGAUUAAACGUCUGAAAUGAGUUAUGGUGAUUCACAAAUCUCAGUAGAGGCGAACUGGGACUGAUCAUCACGGAUCUCAAUAAAUGGUACUGGUCCCGGUGUGUUCAUUUAUGUGUAUAUUACAAUGAGCUGGGCUACAGAGGACUGGACCAUGGGGCUUUCCGGCCUGGUCCUGAAGAAAGUUCAAGAGCUUCAAGUGAACAAUGAGAAACUGAUUCGAGAGAGACAGCAGAGACAGCUCCAGCUGGACAACUCGGAAGCAGCGCUACACAAACAGAAGCAAAAGUAUGAGGAGGCACGUGCGGAGCUGGGAGCGGUUCAGAGGGAGAUGGUCGGAGUGCGAGAGCAGGCCCAGGGAGAGGCACGAGCAAGGGAUCGCCUGACCCAGGAGCUGCAGGCCAAAGUGGCCCAGGUGUGCACUCUAGAAGGCCAGCUGGACUCAACAAGAACACUCGUGCAGAACCUUACUCAGGAGGUUAAACGGCUUGAGGCCGAGCUGGAAAAGCUGCAAAAAGAAAGUGGCUCUGGGGAAUCCAUGUUGUUUUCCACACCCUGCUGGAACAUGAACUCACCCUGGGACCAAAGCGGUAAGAUCAGUCUCCGAGGAGAGGACGUCAACAAAGUCCGACAACAACUACUUUUUGGAGAUAGCACCAAGCUUUCAGCGAGUGCCGUUUCAUCCCCGUUUCCUCAGCAACCACACAGAACAUCGCCACCCCUCAGACGCAAAGCCAGCCAAUCUGAGGCUCGUCCCCCAUCCUCUGUGUUUCCGUGGGAACGGGACGACACAAGGUCCACUCCCAGGGGCAAAGCAGCAUCCACCCAUGUCUCCUCGUCUUUCACGUGCAGUGAGGUCAUCACUGACACUAGUGCACGGGAUGAUGGGAUUGAGGAAGCGCUGAGGAAAGAGAUAGAUGGGCUGUGCGUACGUGUCUCCGGGUUGGCGCAGGAGCUGCAGCUGGAAAAAGAGCGCUGCAGGGAGUCUGAGUCGCGUCUUGCUCAAGCUCAGAAAGAGCUCAACUUGAACGAGCAGAAUCUGACGCGCUCCAGAGAUGAGUUGGCCCGUGCACACACACGUAUCACACAGGAAGGGGACAGGGCUCAGGGAGCCGAGCAACGGGUGAAGCAACUACAAGAGGAGCUGAAGUGUCAGAGGCAGAAUGCAGAUACUAGCCGCUGCAAUGCCGAGCAGCGCAGGAAAGAAAUGGAGAGAGAGCAUCAGAGAGAGCUGUUAGAGCUGCAGAGAGAGAGGCAGUCUAUGGAGAAGCAGCACCAACAGGAGAACAACAAACUCAACCAAGAGAUCCAGCAAGCCAGGACACAACACAACACACUACAGUCACAAUACGAUAAACUGGCUCUGCAGAAGCAAGCUGUAGAGAGGGACCUGGAGGUAGUGCAGGGAAAGCUAAAGAGCACACAGAGUGAUCUAACAGAGAGCCAAAAGCGAGAGACUCACACACAGGCAAAACUCACGGAGUCACUAAAGGAAAACGAGGGAUUGAGUAUAUCACUGGAACAAUUGAAGAAGAGAGAGAAAAGCCUGGAGGCAGAGGUGAAAAGACUUGCUGAGGAAUUAGCUGAAGCACUGAAACUCAUUAAAGAGCUACAAGCCCAACUUGCAGCUCCUCCUCCACAAGUGGUUUCUCAUCCUGUUGCAGGGGACAGUUUCAGUCCUGUUCUGUCCACCAGUUAUUCUCCACCUCACCAACACUCAUCCCAGAGAAAGAGAACACUAAAAAACGAGAAACCAAAAAUAUCAGACAGGCCAGGUCUCGUAACCUAUCCUUCUGAGAGAGAACCUGGCGAGGGGAUUGACUCGGAAGAUAUCAGCGAGUUUGGCUCUGAGGACUCUCCCACAGUGAGCAUCCAAGAAGGGAAUCGGUGUGGAGCACAAAGGUCAAGUGAGGCAGAGAUCGAGAGCUCCAUUACUGAACAAGACACAGGGAUAGAAGAUAUUGACACAGACUCUUGCAUGUCUGAUUCGAUCAGUGAGCGUAUCUUUAAAGAUGAUAUCCGUUGUGAUUCAGAAAACCAAAAGUCAAGCUCUUCAAAUCAGCGACAGAAACGGGACUCAUCUUCUAUUGUGGAGUUAAAGAAAGAGAAUUCAUCUCUCCGGGAUGAGCUCAGGGACAUUAAACGGGAGUUAGAUCAACGUCUUGAUGACCUUGAGACUCAAAGGCGUGCAGAAGCUGAGGCUAGAACCAAACUGAAGCAACUAAGUAAAAAGCACUCAAGUCAGGCUGAGCAGCAUCGCACGAAAGCCCAGGAGCUUAAAGAAAAAGGAAGCAAACUAGAGGCACAGCUGGAGCAAGAGAGGAAGGAGAGUGCAAGACUCAGGGAAGUGGUUACUACUUUGGAGAGGGAGGCUGAAAAAAGAAAAGAGGAAGGUGAGCAAUUAGGGGAAGAAGCCAAAGAGGAGAACAUCAAUCUCAAAGAGGCCUUGGCUCAGAUGGAAAGAAAGGAGGACGAUCUUGAAAAAGAGAGGGAGAAAAUGCGCAAGGAACUAGAGGUGCUUCAGUCUGAACUUUUGCAGGAACGUGAGGAGAGAGAGAGGGAGCGAGAGGAGGAGAAGAAACUACGCAAAACUUAUGAAGUGGAAGAAAUAAAGAUUGCAAAACUUCAAGCCGAGUUAGACCGACUACAAAGUUCUGCCACAGUGGAGGGAAAGAAUGCAAACACUAAUAUGCCUUUAACCUAUCUGCAGCUUGGAAACCAACCGAACCCCAUAAAUGAUGGCACAACAUUAGAAAAUGAGGUAACGUCAUCGUUUAGUGAUAACAUUUUCUUCUGUGAGUCCACAAACCUUCAGAACACCAUGUUCUCCAAGGAACCAAAAACAGCCCUGAUUACAGAAUGUAGAAGUGGGAUAAUACCUGGGGAACAUUCUCCAGUAGAACAGGAUAGUACUUCACCAGGAAAUCUGGAGGAUCACACAAAGACCACAGAAGGCAUGAACUUGGACGACACUACCGUUUUGAUUUUAGAGGUGGAACGUAUGCGAGUACAGAGAGACAGGGAAGCAGAAAGAUCGAAAAAGUUACAGAAAAAGCUGGAGGCUCUUCAGAACCAGGUGACGAGUCAGACCCGGCAACUAACACUAGCAUUUGAGAAUCAGAGCAAGCACAUUGAAGGCCUUUUAAAGGAGCUACAACAAAGAGACAGUGCCCUCCAGAGGCAAGAAGAGGAACUGCAGAGGUGUCAGAAAGAGCUUGCUUCACUCAAGGCAGAUAAACAGAUGACUGAGACUGUCAGCAGCUUGACCCCAAGUGCUGAGAAAUCUGCUGACGUUUCUGCAGAACUGUCUUGUGAUAUAGCUAUUAGCACUACUACUCAAAAUAGUCACGAAGUGGCUACACAUGAAUCUUUUCACACUAUGAAUAUCAAACCACUACAGUCUGAUCAGCAAUCCUUUACAAACGUUGAAGUUGGAGAGAAUAAGAAUAAUAAUGUCUCUGCUUCUUCAGAUAAGACAAGUAGGAGUCAUGUGAUCUUGGCUACUGCAGAACAUGUGACAUCAGUAUCCCCAGAUGUUCAUGGCAGAGAUUCUGUUUACUUUACUGAAAACACUAUUGCAGAGGACCUACCAGAAACACUGACUGCUGCUCAGCAAGACAAUAAUCAUGCAAUUGAGACCAACACCCAGAGCUCAGCUGAAUCCAGUUUCACAGAGACGAAAGAGCUACCAGAAUAUUUACAGAAGCUUCUGGGACAUUCCACUGAUAACACAAGCCCCCUAAACAUGGUAAUAAACAGAUUGCGUGAAGCACAGAAUGAGCUGUCUGAGCUGAAGGCCAAACAUGACCAACUAACUUUGCAGCUGCAGGAAGUGUCAAGACAGGAUGUCCUGUCCCUCAAGCAGGAGCAUGAACAGCUUAAAUUAAAACUGAAGCUAAUUGACAGUGAACCAUGUUCGUCAGAAACGUAUUUAAAACAAGAGGAGUCUAAUCAUUUGACGAACACAAAGGAAGAGAGUGUGUCUGUCACAGAUCUGGAGGAGAAGGUUGUAAUCGGUGGGAGUUUCGAAGACGGUGGGCCAAAAUGUGGAAAUGAACACGAGCAGAGUGACCAUGAGACUUGCGCCUUAGCACACGUUCACUCUCUUCAUGAACAGCUGCAGGCCCUGCAGAGCGAGCUUCAGCUUCUUUCUGAGAAGAACAGAGACCAAGCUGAAGAGCUGCAGCUUUGGAGGCUGUCUGCCUUGACCCCUGAGGAGACCCUGGAUCAGGAAAGUAACAGCAGCCCUAUAGUUGUAGUACGAGAAGAACAGCUAGUUCUCUCAUGCAGCCCUACUGCACUACACUCCUACACCAAGCAGAGCAGUAGUAUGGUGCAAUAUGGAGGACUUUACCAGCCCAUGGGUUUUUCUGAACCCUGUAAUGCAGACCUCCAAAGAGAUCAUCAGACCUCAUCAGACAAGAGCACAGAGGACUUGCCAUCAAUUUUUAAGGCAAUGGAACUGAUUGCUGAUGAUAACAGUGCAAUAAAUAUCAUAAAUGAUCACCUAAAACCAGAGAAUUACGAGAGUGCCUUUCAACACGUGUCCUCUGAAAUGGAAAACUGUGAUCACAGGCAUGAUUUAGCUCAUCAGAUCAAACAAAUGAGAACUAGCAGGGAUCAGCAACCUGGAAACCAGCCAUGUAAAAUCACUUUCAGCCCAGAAAGCAGAGAGGAUGGUUUAACAGAAAAUGGAACGGAGACCAAAGUAAUAGAUCCCAAGCGUCAUACAGAAUCAGCAGAGAGAAAAGAUUAUUAUGUGUCUAGUCUGAUGCAUGAUGAUCUGGUGACUUCCACACACAGUGGUAAAGCUCAAAGAAACACAACGAAGCAAGAAAGUGGACCCUCUCCAUCUCCAGUCAGUAAUACAUCUAACACUGUCCAAAGAGAGGAUAAUGUUGUGCACCAGCAAGAAAUUUCAGAGGUCACUGGGGUCACUGGUAGUAUAGACAAAGCAGGUGCUAAAAAAGUAAAUAGCGUGUGCACUCAGACAGAAGAGUGCAACAGAGAGGUAGUCGUGGAAUUUGGAGACCCCCCGCAGAGACCAGUCGUCUUACAUGCCAGCACACAGACCCAUGGUGAACAGACUACACAGAAAGAGGAAGAACAGAAUGAUGAGUGUACUGAAUCGCCUCCCCUCUCUCCUACCCCUGCAUCACAGACGGAAAAGCUCCUGCUUUCCGGCUCUUUCCCCAUCCCAGCCAAUCCGGCUCACCUGGCCGAGCGAAUCAGGCGUAACCGUAGCCGCAUGUCUGCAGCAUAUGAUGACACGGAGUAUGAACCCUAUGGUCUUCCCGAGGUCGUCAUGAAAGGUUUUGCUGAUAUUCCCAGUGGUCCUGCUUGUCCGUAUGUCUUGCGCCGAGGGCUUCUGGGAACAGAUGCUUUGCCCAUCUCAAUCAGAGAGUCUCCACUCACAGAGGCUGAUGAAGAAAUUGACCCAUAGCAAUCUCAUACAGUGUGCCUCAGGUUUGCAGGGAACGUUUUAAAGCUGCCUGUUUCAUCUUGACCUCUAUUUUUAAAGGGAACUUUGAGGAGAUUUCAGCCUUCUGGAGCACAAACAUGUUCUUACAGAUGGUGUUUGAUCUGUAAAGCAAUUUCUUUGAAGCAGAUGUGUUUACAUUAUCUUGUAAAGCAUGCUAGAUUCCAUUUUGAAACACUUGAACUUUGUGAAUAUUCUUGUUCGUAUAUAUUAUUUUUCUUCCUGUGGAUUUUUUAUUUUUUUCUUGCCAGUGAUUAUUGAUCGUUGUAAAUGUGGUGGUACGUUAAAGGCUCGAGGAACGCGUGUACGAGGGUAAGUGUAUGACUCAGAGCAACCUGCGCCUGUUUCCGCUCCAUGUAUGGUGAUCUGUGAAGUGUGUGCAUGAACUCACUGUGCAGCGCUCGGUUGAUUUUAGUUCAGCUAGAGAUUUGUACAAUUCCUUUUCAUAUAAGCAAGGUUUAGAAUUGUAAUGUUUCUUUUUAGUAAGAUUAAUAUAUUUAAAUGGUUUUCUUCAGUUUUUGUUAUGUACAUGUUUGUGUUUUAUAUGUCAAGUAAACAAAGAGAAUUUGUAAUGCUGAUGCUUGAAUCCAUUUAUUUGGGACAUUCAGAAGGAGGUGAUUUUCUACCAUGUACACUUUGAAGGAUUUGUUACUACUUUUGAGUUGGGGGUUCUCCCCCUCCAGUGAUUUGAGUGUUUCUGGUCAGUCCUAUUAAAGUCUGAAACGUGGCCUUAACUGUGCAACUUUAUGUAUAAUGUGUUUUCUUUAUUUGAAUUGCAUGCUCGGUGAAAUACAUGCAGGGGAAAUCUCUUCAUCUUUGUAAAGCCAGAUGCAUGGGGAACUCACUUAGUGGUAUAGAAACUGAGCGUUCCUUUACUUUUGGGAAUGCGGUUCCGGAUCCUUUAUAUAGACAUUCCCUGUUCACACUGUGAUGUUAAGUUGAUAUCUUUGCCAGUUGUUAAUUUUUUAAGGAUGAGGAAUAAACACAUAACAUCUUUGUA